AAUGUGGAGUAACACGUCACUCUAGUGAAGUGGAGAAGCCGGGGCUGACAGGGUGCGAUCUCACCACCGACAUCUAUCUGCCCUCUUCAUUCCUCUAUUUCUUCUUCCCGAUGCUCUAAUCUAUUUCAUACACAAAAAGCCACUCUCUUGUCCCAAAGUUAACUUCAUACAAAAGCUUGGCAUGUCGACCUACCAGGAGUUCAUCCAACAAAACGAGGACAGAGAUGGGGUGAGAUUCAGCUGGAAUCUCUGGCCCUCCAGUCGUCUUGAGGCCACCAGGCUGGUGGUCCCUGUCUCCUGCCUCUUCACUCCUCUCAAAGAGAGGCCCAACCUGCCACCUGUCCAGUACGAGCCAGUUCUGUGCAGCCGGGCAAACUGCAAAGCAGUUCUCAACCCACUAUGUCAAGUCGACUUCAGAGCCAAAAUAUGGGCGUGCAACUUCUGUUUCCAGCGGAACCCUUUCCCUCCCUCCUACGCAGGCAUAUCAGAAGUGAACCAGCCAGCCGAGCUCAUGCCACAGUUUUCCACCAUUGAGUACAUAGUACAGCGUGGACCCUCAGCCCCGCUCAUUUUUCUAUAUGUGGUGGACACAUGUUUAGAAGAGGAGGACCUCCAGGCGCUGAAGGAAUCCCUCCAGAUGUCAUUGAGUCUGCUGCCACCAAAUGCCCUGGUGGGCCUUAUCACUUUUGGACGCAUGGUUCAGGUCCAUGAGCUGACAUGCGAGGGGAUCGCCAAGAGCUACGUCUUUAGAGGCACCAAGGACCUCUCCUCCAAACAGAUCCAGGAGAUGCUUGGGCUGGCAAAGCCCGCAGCACCAGGACAGCAGGGUCGUCCUGUGGCUCCCCAGGAUGCUGCUGCCUCCUGCAGGUUCCUUCAGCCAGUUCACAGAGUUGAUAUGAACUUGACCGACUUGCUUGGGGAGCUGCAGAGAGACCCCUGGCCUGUCCCUCAGGGCAAGCGUCCGCUGCGCUCCACUGGUGUGGCACUGUCUGUUGCUGUUGGCCUUCUAGAGGGGGCCUUCCCAAACACAGGAGCCCGUGUGAUGCUGUUCAUUGGCGGGCCGCCCACCCAGGGACCAGGCAUGGUGGUGGGAGAUGAACUAAAAACCCCCAUUCGCUCCUGGCAUGACAUCCAGAAGGACAACGCGCGGCAUCUAAAAAAGGCUACCAAGUACUAUGAAGCUUUGGCGAACCGUUCCGCUGUGAACGGACACAGUAUUGACAUCUACGCAUGUGCUCUGGACCAAACAGGCCUGCUGGAGAUGAAGUGUUUAUCUAAUCUCACAGGGGGACAUAUUGUGAUGGGGGACUCCUUCAACACCUCCUUGUUUAAGCAAACCUUCCAAAGAGUCUUUAGCAAAGACUACAACGGAGACUUCCGAAUGGCAUUCGGAGGAGUGCUGGAGGUCAAGACCAGCAGAGAGCUGAAGGUUAGCGGGGCCAUUGGACCGUGUGUUUCGCUGCAUUCAAAGGGUUCCUCUGUUUCGGAGAAUGAGAUGGGCAUUGGUGGGACAACCCAGUGGAAACUAUGCGGCCUUGACCCCUCCACUACCCUGGGCGUUUACUUUGAGGUUGUGAAUCAGCACAAUGCACCAGUCCCACAGGGUGGACGUGGGGCGGUCCAGUUUGUUACCCAGUACCAGCACUCCAACACACAGCGGAGGAUACGGGUCACCACCAUUGCCAGAAAUUGGGCCGACGUCCAGUCUCAGAUUCAGCACAUUGAGUCCUCGUUCGACCAAGAAGCGGCUGCCGUGCUCAUGGCACGCCUCGGUGUCUUCAGGGCGGAGUCAGAGGAGGGUCCUGAUGUGCUCCGGUGGCUCGACAGGCAGCUCAUCCGUCUGUGUCAGAAGUUUGGCCAGUUCAAUAAAGAUGAUCCAACUUCCUUUAGGCUGUCUGAGUCCCUGUCCCUCUACCCACAGUUCAUGUUCCACCUGCGGAGAUCACCCUUCCUUCAGGUGUUCAACAACAGCCCAGAUGAGUCGUCCUACUACAGGCACCACUUUGUUAGGCAGGAUCUGACCCAGUCCCUGAUAAUGAUCCAACCCAUCCUCUACUCGUACUCCUUCCACGGACCACCAGAGCCUGUGCUCCUGGACAGCAGCAGCAUCCUUCCAGAUCGAAUCCUGCUGAUGGACACCUUCUUCCAGCUGGUUAUCUACCAUGGAGAGACUAUUGCUCAGUGGAGGAAGGCAGGCUACCAGGAAAUGGCAGAGUAUGAGAACUUUAAACAGUUGCUUCAGGCUCCUCUUGAUGAUGCUCAGGAGAUCUUGCAGACGCGCUUCCCCAUGCCUCGCUACAUCGACACUGAGCACGGCGGCUCACAGGCUCGAUUCCUGCUGUCCAAAGUCAACCCAUCACAGACCCACAACAACCUGUAUGCCUGGGGACAGGAGACAGGAGCACCAAUCCUUACUGAUGAUGUCAGCCUUCAGGUCUUCAUGGAUCACUUGAAGAAACUGGCUGUUUCCAGCUCCACAUAAAGAUCUGUCUAUAACCACAAACAUAGCUGAGGAAUAUGACCUUCAGCUUCCAGGAUCCAUAAACAUUUCCUAUAUAAAUGCGUUGUUUCUUUUUUCAUAAAAGCCAACCCUUGUGGACUGCUGUCCCUGUCUUGCUUAAACAAUUAAAGGAGAAGCAAUAGAAAGAAUGAGCAACAGUACAUUCCUGAAAAUAAAACGUCUCUAGUCAUUUUCAACAAUAUUUAUAAGAAAAUUGUUCUAAGAAAAUGAGUCAAAUGUUUUAUUGAUUCCAUGACUGCUCUUACCUUUGAUAUUCACAGUGAUACGACUAAUUUGUUCUUUUUUUUGUAUGUAGUGUGUCAGACUGGAUCGAAACCGCUGUUAAUACGAUGCCAGUGUGUGAAUUUAUGUAUGUAUGCAUCUGCUUUGUCUAUAGCUUAAGAGUUAAUGUGUAGUUAUUUUUGUUUUUUUGUGGAAAGUAAAUUAUAGCAAUUAACCAAUUUUGCCUAAAACCUGCUUGUUUGGAAAGAGAGCUGACACAAAUGGUUUUAGAAAUCUGUCAGACUUGGGAAGCUCUUCAGGGAUUAAAUCUGACUGUUUCUAAGAAAUGUCCAUCCCUACAUAAUGAGAAUCCAUGUUCUGAGGAAUGGAAGUCAAUCCCAGGAGCUCAGCUGACCGUUUCCAACAAGGAACAUUCAUCUAACUGUAUAGAACCUUAAUAUAGCUUCAUCUUGACUUGUUGACCAUCUGGUAUUUUGCACACAAUGAGUGCCCCAGCGUCUUUGUAAUCAAACUGUAAAGACCAACUAGGCUGAUUUUUAAAUCCUGUCAGGAUUCUUGAGUCCUCCCAGCAUUUGUUUUCUACCCAUGAACUAUAGAGGGCUACAGUGCUGCUCGUAUGUUUACAUGCACUCAGCAUUUGCAUGAAUAAAUUUUGAGCCUGUUAUAAUGC